GUAGUUACUAGUAAUUACUAGAACUUCUAGUUAUAAUUAAUAAAAAUAAAUAUAUACUAAUCUUUUCUAGUAAUCUAUAUCUUAUUAUCUAGAUAAUAGUAACUAAAGAUUCUAGUAAUUAUCAUGGCGUGCACUAGGUGUACUGGUGCUAAGGCAAUGAUUGCUAGAGUAUAUAAGGUGGGAUUUGGGCAGAUCAGACAUUAGGUCUGAUCAUAGUGACCUUUUAGUCUAAUAGUUUAGACAUGUUGCCUGAAUCACAUGCUCUUAUAAUAUAUAUUUUACUUAAUAUUGUCACGUAUGGUAAUGGAAUUUGGUCAUUACCAGUCCUACCUGGUCCCAACUCGUCAAAUUUGGUAGCCACCUGGCGACCUGGCGACCUGGCGAGCCGCAACCUCCUACCUACUCCAGUUAGUGAGCUGGCAAAUUACUCUGUAGGGAAAGCAAGCCUAAGCAUUGAAUCCAUCCCUACUUCGGUAGCAGGCAGGCGGAUUCGGGAUCUCAAUUUCAAGGAGCAAGGCGGACCAACUUCUGCCAUGUCACAUUUGUUUCUCUGA